UGCAUCCUUUAAAGGACACUUUCUGAUUUAACACCUGAAGCUCCUCGAACAGCGUUUGCUGCACCAUGCUCCAACUGAACGACACGGUGGAGCCGGAGAGUCCGGCUGCGGUUAUCCACCCUGCAGAAACCGAGGAAGGGGUGGAGGUAGCCUUCACGCCGCCGGAGGCCGAGCGAAGUCUCGGUCGCGCUGCCUCCGUGGCCUGCUGUCCCCCGCUACAAACGCUGACGCCUUUUAAUGUGCACAACCCUACAAUGCAAGCUAAAGUGAAGGACUACUUCGUGUUCAGACCAGGUACCAUUGAGCAGGCAGUGAGCGACAUCCGGACUGUGGCACUCCCCUCUGAGGAUGGAGAGGUGCUCAGCGUCUGGCUGCUGGCUGAAGUUGACCACUGGAACAAUGAGAGGGAGAGACUUGUGCUUAUCACAGACAGGUCCCUGCUGGUGUGCAAGUAUGACUUCAUCAACCUGUUGUGUCAGCAGGUCAUCAGAAUCUCUCUCAAUGCUGUAGACACCAUCUCAGUGGGAGAGUUUGAGUUCCCACCAAAAUCCCUAAACAAGAGAGAGGGCUAUGGCAUUCGUGUCCAGUGGGACAAACGUCCUCGAGCCUCGUUCAUUAACCGCUGGAACCCUUGGUCUACAGAUAUGCCCUAUGCCACCUUCACAGAGCAUACAAUGGCCCGUGCUGAUGAGAAGGUGGCCUCUCUGUGCCAGUUGGACAACUUCCGGACCCAGCUGGUGCAGGCAGUGAAGAAAGCCCAUAAGGAGCAUCCCAUCCCCGGUCGAGCUAACGGUGUCCUGAUCCUAGAGAGACCCCUGCUGAUUGAGACUUAUCUGGGCAUCAUGUCCUUCAUCAACAAUGAGGCUAAGUUGGGCUAUUCCAUGACCCGUGGCAAGAUCGGUUUCUAAAACAGACAGUGUUUCCAAAUUACAACAGAGUUUACUCAUAUGUGUGUUACACUGUGCUCUCAGAGGGAAACUGUUUCCCCACUACAGUGUACUGGGCAACCAGUCUGUGUGUGUAAGUUGAGCCCAUGAGAUGUCCACAACUCUUUAAGUUGGUGUCACAGACAUGUGGUCAGCCUACUGUAGGGAGAUGAUGUGCAGCGCUGCAUGGACUGUCUAUUUGUUUUUAGCACCCCCUGUCCGUGUCCUUCAAAGAGCUGCUCCCAAAUCUGUCAUACCUGCACAGGCCUUCAGGAGAGCACAUCUAUGUGACAGUACUUGCAUCAAUUUAUCACUUCUCUGUACUCAUACUAGAUUGAGCAUUGUGCAGUCUCACCCUUCUUGUUUGACAAUUGACUGUCAAAACUAAUGUGAACUAUAGGUUUUCAGUAGAGGAAUGUUAACAUAAGGGUCAGUGUUUCAUUUUCAAAGAUGUGCUUUGUUUGGACUUUUUUCUACAGCAAAAAAAAGGCUGCCCAGUGGCUGAGAACAUGAAGUGAAACCGUGUCAUCAGCCACGAGUAUGUUCCAUGUUUGCUACAUUAAUAAGAUUUGAAAUGAAGGAUUGCUUUAUUCAGAUCGCACGGCCAUAGGGUUGCUUCUUGAAAUGGAAUAGCAGCAUCUGGUUAACGGUCAUGUCACAUGAUUAUUGUAAUAAAUGUUACUAAAAAGGAUGUUGUUCCAUGAUCUGCACUAAUGUUGUCAAAAGCUCUGGGCUAAGCUGUGUGGAAAAUAAGAGCUGGUUACUUUUUAGCGUCCACAAAACUUUUUCAGUGGAAAUGAUCAAUUACAUGUUAUGACCUUCUUCUCUUGUCCGCCAAUGUUAUGCUCUCCAUGCUUCCAUUUGCCUAAAGUAUGUCACUGCUUAGAGUAAGGAGCUGCUGUACCAUUUGGAGCACUGUUUUAGCUAUUAAAACUAAAAUGUUCUCAUAUGUUACAGAUGUUUUAUGCAACAGGAACUUUGUCAUUUUAGGCAUAUAUUUGCACUCUGCUGCAUUACACCACUGUAAUGGAUGGGUUACAAAAUCAAAUACAUUCAGGCAAGGCUUUGCAUCAGUUCGUUAACCACAUACUGUGCAUACCUUGUGAUUUGUAUUAAAGUCAUUUUUUCCUUAACUGCACCCUAUACCCACAUCAUUGUGCUACCAAAGUUAACAUGCCACAUCUUCAUGUGCAACAAUGCCAAUGAACAAUUGUGUCUAUCCUUUUCUGGUCUUAACUUGUGCAUGUGCCCUGCAUGUUGAGCUUGCAUGACAGAUGUUUUUAAAAGGAGUGUUCUAAUUGGAUUUGUACAUACUGAUAAUGUUUUAUUUAUCUGCUGUUAUUUUGAUGCAGUUAACUCAUGAAUGCCUCUAGAAAUUAAAUAUUUAAUUGCCAGUUCUGAAGUAUUUUACUUAAGGAUUUUGAAAGAGAUUAUGUUACACACAUGUGAAGGCUUACCUUUUGUUCUAGCUACUUGUAGCACA